GUACUGGACCCCGAGGUAACUGACGACACUGCCUGCUCUCUCGCCCGUCAGACGUUCAAUCCGAACUCCCAACUACGUAUGCUCCAUCCCCCCAUGUCCCAUGUCGAACCGCAGCAACCCCUCACCGCCGCCGCCGCAGCAGCAGCAACGGGAUGCCGGCGGCCCGCCCGUGACGCCCGCCGGGCCCGCCAGCAGCUACACCACCACCAGCAUGGAUGACGAUGCCGAGCAGCAGCCAGGCGGCGUUGGCAUAAAGGGCGGCGGCGGCGGCAACGGAGGCGUGCGAGUGUCGCUGGCCUGCCUGCCCUGCCGAUCCCGGCACGUCCGGUGCGACGCCGCGCAGCCCGUCUGCGAGCGCUGCACCGUCGAGGGCCGGGAGUGUCGAUAUGCAAAGUCCCGGCGAGGUGGGCUGGACCGCGCCGCGUUGGCCGCACGCCGGUCCCGCGUCGAGCAGGCCCAGGCGGCCGCCGCCGCCGGCAGCCCGAACAACCUGGAUGCCGUGCCGCGCUCCGGCGGUGAUGAAGGUCUCACGCUCGAUAUGCCUCCCAUCCAGUCCGUCCAGGCACCUCACCAGCAACAACAACAGCAGCAACAGCAACAGCAUCAUCACCACCAACACUUCGGCGGCAUGGGCACUCUCUUCACGCCUCCGGCCGAGCCUCACCCUUCGGACACGUCGCCGCCUACCAUGCUGGGCCAGCCACCGCCCCUCUCCGUCGCCAACGACUCGCUCAUCCACCUCUACUACAAGUGCUUCCACCGCUUCCACCCCUGCGUGCUACCCCUCAAGCGACUGGAGCACUACUGGCGAGAUGGGUCAUCGCCCGGCCUCAAGCCGCUGGUCUGCGUGAUGCGCUACAUCGGGGCCAUCUUCUGCGUCUCCGAACCCCUGGUGUCGCCGCCAACCGAAAAGCAGGUCGAGGCCGCGGUCCUGGGGUCACCGGCGGCUAGCGACGACUACUUCCUGGCCCAGAGCCAUCUGCUCUUCUCCAUCGCCCUGUACUGGCGCGAGCAACCGCAGGCAUCGCGGUUGCACAUGGACACGGCGGUCGCCAUGGCGCUCGAGUCGGGCAUGUUCCUGCGUGACUUUGCCGCGAGGCAUGCCCCCGACGAUCCGGUGCUGGCCGAGUGCAUCCGCAGGACGUGGUGGCAGAUUUACAUCGUCGACGCCUACUACGCCGCCAUCAAGCGCUCGAGCACCUUCCGAGCCAACACGGUUGAGCCGACGACGGAGCUGCCCUGCGAGGAAGCUGAAUACGAGCUUGGGACUAUCCCGACGCCAAAGACACUCGCCGAUUUUGACGCGCGAGAAUUCGCCCCAGACGACAGCGCCUUCUCAUCGUUCGCGCACCUCAUUGGCGGCGUCCACGGCAUGGCCUCGGCCAUGGAGAGGGCGAACAGUAUCAUCAAUCCCUCAUCGGCCUCGCUGGGUACGUCGUCACUCAAGGUGCUUGACGUUGCCGACGCCGUGCUCGACGGGUGGAUGCUGCUCCUGCCCGAGACCAAGAGGAGCCCUCUGUCGGCGGAUGGCGAGGUAGAUGAGCUCAUCUUCCAGGCGCUCAUGGCCGUCUACGCAACGACGGUCGGCCUGCACAGACCAUUCUCCAAAUGCUCCUUCGACCAGCUCGAGUGCAUAUCCGGUUGCUCGACGGCAGGCGACGGCCAGCAGGGCUCGCCACGACCGCCCGCCGAGCUGGAGGCGGUCCACACGGCGAAAUGCAUCAACGCGGCCGAGGCGCAGAUACGACUCCUCGCCCUGCCGGCCGGCGGCUCGUCCACCCACUCCCCCUUCACCGUGUGCAUGCUCACGACCGGCACGCUCGCGCUCCUCUCGGCGUGCAAGUUCAUCCUCCAGGACCAGAAGCUCGCCAUCGCCCGCGACCAGCUCCGCCUCAGCAUCGGGUACCACAAGGCCAUGGCGGGCGUCUGGACAAAGGCGGCCAAGAACCUCGAGGAGGUCCAGACCAUCGCUCGCGAGGUGCUCAUGCUUUCGCCCGGGAGGCCUCGCGGGGGCAACGGCCAGCGAGCGUCACCGAGGUUCAUCUCUUCCGUCGCGACUCAGCCGCCCAACCCGCAGAGCAUGUCACCGCAGAUGGGCGCGAAUGGUCAGGACGCAUUCUCGGCAGGCUAUCUCGACGUCACAAACGGGCUAUGGGAUGGCAGCAGCGACGGCCUCUUAACAUUGCCGUGCCAAUGGUGGAUGUUCCCGCCCGAGACGGACUGACGAGACGGAGCCGGGCACCCUCGAUUUGGUCGCCUCCAAUUCUAUUGACCAUGAUAAUGAUGCCGCUACAGAGCCCUGUCCGCCUCCCAUAUUCUAUAUGCAAGGGCCAGCGUUCCAAGGCAAAACAGACAACCGGCCGUCAUGGCAGCGCGUCGCUGUGCACUCGAUCCGAAAAGAGGGGAGCCUUGCGAGGCGCCGAAAAUACCCCUUGCCGCCGCCCUAUAGCCCUUUGCCAGCUGGUCCCCGCCGACCCAAUGGUAUAUCAGGCCGACGAGGGCGAGGCUAUAGCCCACGGCCUGGAUGAGCGUGAUCUUGGUGUUCCAUAUGACAACAGAUGCCGCGAUGAGCAAUAUGUUCUUGAAGAUGCCCGUCAGUGCCAUGACGAGGCCAGAGGUUCGGCCGACCUGUAAGACGUUAGCCGGCGGCGCACACGGUUACGAGGGUUUUUGCAAGCUGAUGCGGCUUCGGCGGCAACGUACCAGGUAGACGGUGGUGACGUUGAGCAUGAAUGCUACGGCCGCAUUGAGGACAAGCAUGCCAACGCCCGCAUCUAUCAAAUGGUCCAUGCGGAAUCGAGGAACCUCGAUGAAGAGGGCCGCGGCCAGGGUCAUGACGGCGCACGCAGGGCCAAAGUAGUACAAUCCGACGAGCGGGUCCAUGCGCAUGCCUUUGCGGCUGACGAGCACCUGGAUCAUGACAAGGCGGAUGGCGCCAAAGACGAUGCCGCCGGCCUGGAAAGCGAAGCCGAUGGUCGAGAACUGAAUCUCCCCAAAGGAGGCGAUGGCAGCGCCGGCAACGAUGAGGAGCAUGUUGAGCAGAGUCGACGUGCUCGGGUCAGUGACGCCCCAGAUCCACGAAACGACGAGGACGGCGACUGGGUUGGCGGCGUUGAGCAUUUGGAUGAAGGCGACGGAGAGAUAGAGGUAGACGACAUUGGAGCAGAUGAUGGAGAGGGAGAAACACACGCCAAUGGGGACAAUGGUGCGGGCAUAGAUGCGCGGCGUGAUGUGAAGAGAGUGGCGCGAGUCGAGCAGGCUGGUGGUGCGGGCGAGGAUGUGUAUUACGACGGAGGUAAAGGCGAAGUGCCAGCAGGCCAGGAGGAUAGCUACACGGGUUCGACAGU